UCCCCGAAGAACCGUAAACAAAGAGAUCCAGCAGAACAGGGUCACGGAACCACAGCUGCCUCUGCUCAAAAAACAUCAGCUUGAAAGCAGGACACGUUGUUGGUCGAGCAUGCCCAGUAACACAGCUCAGCUCCUGGAGUCAGACGACACCGAGCCGGACCUCCCGGUACCGGUACACACCCUGAGCGGCUUACAUCUGCGAGACGACGAGACUUUAUCCGAAUCAUCCCAUCUGGGGGUUCUGGGCGCGGUGCUGGAGCUCCAGCCUCUGUCCCAAAGUGGAUCAGAUGAAGAAAACAGCAUCAAUAACAACAGCAACACUAUUAUCUUUAGACAUGAUUCUGAUCUGGAGCAGCUGAGGGCCCGGGCCCUUGCAGGAAUGGAGGCCCCGGGGCCCAAUGGGCUCUUCCAGGAUGGACUGGGCGAGUCUCAGGGCACGGAGGGCUACCAAGGGAGGAUGAUGAUGGCCAUGAUGAUGAUGCAGGAGGAGGAGAGGUGUGCGCUCAAUACCAGGAGGAAGAGUGUGAACACUACUGAGUGUGUGAUGGUGCCCACAUCUGAGCACGUGGCGGAAAUAGUUGGCAGGCAGGGUUGCAAAAUCAAGGCUCUGAGAGCAAAGACCAACACUUACAUUAAAACGCCUGUGAGGGGAGAAGAACCGGUGUUCGUGGUGACCGGCCGCAAGGAGGACGUGGUCAUGGCCAAGCGUGAGAUUCUGUCUGCAGCUGAGCAUUUUUCCCUCAUCCGGGCGACUCGGAACAAAGCAGCGCCGAACGUGGCUCACAACAGCGUCCCUUGCCAUCCAGGACAGACCACCAUCCAGGUCCGGGUGCCGUAUCGAAUGGUCGGCCUCGUGGUUGGACCCAAAGGAGCGACUAUCAAGAGGAUCCAGCAGCAGACCCACACCUACAUUGUGACGCCGAGCCGUGAUAAAGAGCCUGUGUUCGAGGUGACCGGGAUGCCUGAGAAUGUGGAUCGAGCUCGGGAGGAAAUCGAAGCUCAUAUUGCCAUGCGCACCGCCGGGAGCGUGGAAACCAAUGUAGAGGAUGACGACUUCCACUAUAACGGCACCGAUGUCGGAUUUGAGUCGGGAAGCAGUGGGGCUUGGCUUUUCUCUGGAGGCAUUUCCAAAUUCGCACACGGGAGCUUCAAUAGCAAUGCUGCAGGCUAUCGAAACGAUAGCUCCAGCUCACUCGGCAGCAACUCCAGCGAGUCCUAUUUUAGUGGGAAGGGCAGCGGGGUGGCGGAUCUCAGUCCUGGGAGCACUGGUGGUUCUUUCUGGUUUGGCGAUACCCAGCUGCCGUUGGGAUCUGAAGAUUCUGUGGGAUACGAUGGGUUGAUGAUGACCGCUCCAUCCACCAAUGCACAGCCAGCAUUGUGGAGCACCUUUGAGCGAGGUGGUGCGAGUUUGCCGACUACGCCCAGGCUUUCUCCAUCCCGUCUGUCGCCGUCUUUUCCCGAGGCACUGGAUCAUCCGCUGGUUCGGCUGGUGCAGGAGAAUUCCCAGAGCCUCCCGGCGUUUGGUCCUGCCUUUUCCCCAUCGAGCGCAGACAGCACAGGCUCCAGCUCUCCGCCGGAUGUGCACAACUACACCAAACACAGCCAAAUACCUACGUGCGUACGCUGCGGAGAAAACGUGCUGCCGAUCAUUUUGGGAGGGCAAAACCGCAUCUGUUUGGAGUGUUCCAACUCCAUCCUGCAAAGCGAGUAGAGAAGCAAAAAUAUGGGAUCACGAGGAGCAAACUGAUUUGUUUUUUUACAUUCAAAUACUUCCUUCUUUAUAUUACGUUUUAAGUAACUGAGAAAUGCAGGUUUUUUUGGUCAAUAAUCACCAUUGAUUUCCCUGUUUAUGUUUGGCUGCUUGUGGCAAGCAGUGCUGGAGUUUAGCAGCGCUAAAUAGCCAUCACCUACAUGUGUUUUGUUUUGUUUCUUGGUUUAAAUUCAAGGUAUCGUCUCUGUGUUUACAUUUUCAUGUGCCUGAUUCCAUGCUGGUGAUGGACUGGCGUUGUUGCUGCAAAAGCAUCUGUGGCCUUGAGUUUCAGUUUCGCAACACUAGAGUCGAGAAGCAUGCGAUCAUACCAGAGCCGUCCUGACCCUCAGCUCACCACUCUGAUGCCUGCACACACUCAACAUAUAUACACGCUACCAAAUUAAGGACCGCAGAAUGAACAGAUCUUCAAUUGGACGUGUUGAAUCAGAUAAACAGAACGAGAGUUCUGUUAGCAUUUCAGAAAUAAAACCAAAUUUUGCAUUCAGGUCGUUCAAUAGCUAUCUCUCUCCGUCCACAUUAAAAGAAUGAAUUAAUAAUAAUAAUAAUAAUAUUAAUAAUAUGCACAAAACUAGCCCUGCACAUUGACAUGAGAAUGCAUUUAUCAUGUACACCUAUUAAUCUUAAAUGAAAUCAUUUUAGUGAAUCAUGAAUCUCGUUUUAGUGAAUACAUUCUCCCGUUCUCGUCUCCAGCUCUGGUGGGAGCACUUUUAGCUUAGCAUAAAUAGAAUCAAAUUAGACCAUUAGCAUCUAGCACAAAAAUGAUUUUCGAUCAUUUUCCUAUGCUAAAAGAAUGCAUUCAUCAUGCGCACCAGUUUAUAACUCCACUAUAGUUAAACAAUUUAGGUAUACUAUUUUUUAAUCCAUUCAGCCAAUCUCAGGGUUUGACCAGAGCACUUUUAGCUUAGCAUAAAUCAUUGAAUCAGAUUCGACCAUUAGCAUCUUGUUUAAAAAUUGAGUUUUGAUUAUUUUCCUAAGCUAAAAGUGUUCCCGGCAGACCUGUAGAUGGGCUGCAUGCAGGGUGUGAAUUACAGGGGCGAUCAAUUAACCCUUGAUCACCCCCCUUAAGGACAUCAAAACAAAAUGUAUAGGGGGGUCAGCCUUUUAAUAGGAAGAAAUAGCUAUCUCUGAUCUAUAUCUUAACUAUAAAUAAUUAAAAAUGUGUUUUAUAAAUAUCCCUCAAAACACUGAAAACCUAUUCAUUUUAUUAAUAAAUUAGAAGUAAUUUAAAUACAUUGAUAAAUUUGAUUCACUGAAGCAUGUAUUACUACUACAACCGAAAAAGUUGACCCCCUCCCCCGUCAAUGUAUAAUUCGCACAAUGGCUGAAUGGAUUCAAAAAUGGUAAAACUCUACUCAAAAUAAGCCCAUUUUCAAAGAAAUCUAGAGUUCAUUUAACACAGUUUAAUAAAUUGUAGCCAUAAUUAGCUUUUUUUCUUAUUUUAGUACAAUUGUGGCCGUGAAUGAAGAUUUUAAUUUGUUUUAUUAAAUCAUGAGUGUGAACCGUUACAUUUUUAAUAGAUCCUAACCACAUUUUGCUCACUCCUUUUAAUCCAAUUGCUAUUUUUGGGGGGGAAUAGGCUCAUUUUACAGCUCCGCUAGAGUUAAACGGUUAAUAUUUUUUAGAAUCCAUUCAGCCCAUCUCCAGCUCUGGUGGGAGCACUUUCAGCUUAGCGUAAAUAGAAUCAAAUUAGACCAUUAGCAUCUAGCACAAAAAUGAUUUUCGAUCAUUUUCCUAUGCUAAAAGAAUGCAUUUAUCAUGCGCACCAAUUAGGAUUUCGUCCUCUCAUUUUAGUAAAUUGUACACACUACUCGUUUUAGUUCAAUCGUAGUCACUAAUAAAACAUUUGCUUAAGGAACACUCCACUUUUUUGGGGGGGGAAACAGACUCAAUCUAUAACUCCACUACAGUUAAACCUUUAGCCGAUCUCGGGAUCUGAUGGGAGCCCUUUUAGCUUAGCAUAAAUCAUGGAAUCAGAUUAGACCAUUAGCAUCUUGUUUAAAAAUUGAGUUUUGAUUAUUUUCCUAAGCUAAAAGUGCUGUCACCAGAGACUGGCUGAAUGGAUUCAAAAAGGGUAAAACUCAACUCAAAUGAGCCCAUUUUCAAAAAAGCAUGGAGUUUUUAAUAAAUUGUAGCCAUAAUUAGCUUUUUUUUUAUCAUUUUAGUACAAUUGUGGCCGUGAAUGAAGAAUUAGAUUUGUUUUAUUAAAUCAUGAGUGUGAACCAUUAUAUUUUUAAUAGAUCCUAACUACAUUUUCCUUAAUCUAAUUUCUAAUUUUACUCGUUUUACUUACACUGUGGCCACAAGUUAAGAAUUCAUUCCUAUGACUUUAUUCGUUCCCUCAUUUUCCUGAAUCAUGGCUGCGUUUACUUCGUUGUAGCUUGUGUGUUUGUUAACAAAAACAAGGGGAAGGGAUUAUUUCAACCUGUCCCAUUAUAUGUUCACGACUCCUCUCAUUGCCUUAACUAAACAGGUCCUGCCAGGCCAGAAAAGCAAGUUAUAUCUGAUCACUUCUGACCUGAGAGGAGCAAUUUUAUCCAAGACAUGAUAUUUAUAAAUAAUAAUGAUCUCAAAGUGCAGGUUGACACGGCUAACGGCACCUUUUUUUCACAAUCACUACUAAACUCAGAGAAACCAAGGCAUCAGACAUCCAUAACUCUCAAGAUUUACCUUGACUCUUUUCUUUUUUUUUACAAUUUUGUAGUAUUUCUGUAGUUUAUAUUUCAUAUUCAAAUAUAUAUAAAUAUAAGAUUAUCUGGCGAUAGUCAGAUGUAAGUAUUAGCUUGUAGAGUAUUGCCGUUAGGUACUAUAGAGCAGGAAAGAGCACACCUGCAUGUUUUAUUAUCUAACGAUUCCUAAACCGCAACAAACAAAAAAAAGCCAAGGAUCCAAUAUAUUUACGCUGCAUUACGUCUGCAUAAAUACUACGUUAUGAACAAAAUAAAAGUCCUAGGAGUUUUGUUUAUCGGAGGGAUUUUUAGCAUCACACUGCAACGAUGUUUCUGUCUUUGAUAAUUUGACUCUUCUUUUAUUAUGUAUAUACAUAUAUGCAGGGACAUGAAGGCAUAUAAGUUGUAUUCUUAAAAGUUUCAAAUAUAUUUUAUGAUAAAUGGCCUUACUGUCCUGUGGCCAAAGCACUGAUAUUAUAUAUUUGCUGUAAAAAAGAAUUAAGAUUUUUAUUUUUCUGAUAUUAAAAGUUCCUUAAUAAAUUGUUUCAUUUAAAA